AGACGCGUUCAGAGUGAAAGAGGAGGAGGAUGUUACAGUGAAAGAAGAAGAGAAAGACGUUACAGUGAUAGAAGGACGAGGAGUGAAACUCGAGGAGAAAGAGGAGGAUGCAGUGUUUGGAGUGAAGGAGGAGGGGGAGAUCACCGUCACAGUGGAGGAGGAAGAGGGAGAAUUAGAGAAGACUGCCAAUCUGAUGAACACCAGAGAGAGACCAGACUCUCACUCUGACAGCGAACCAGACCCAGAGAUGUCCAAACCAGCGAGACAACACCACUGCUCUCAAUGUGGAAAGAGAUAUACCCGGUUAUGGAACCUGAAAAGGCAUGAGAAGACACACACAGGAGAAAAUCCUUUCCAAUGCUGCCAGUGUGGAAUGAGUUUUACCCGGUCAGGGUACCUUAAAGACCACAAGAGAAUGCACACAGGAGAGAAGCCUUACCACUGCUCUCAUUGUGGGAAGAGUUGCACCCAGUUAGGGAACCUGAGAACGCAUGAGAGAAUACACAAAGGAGUGAAGCGUAACCAAUGCACAAAAUGUAGAAAGAGUUUUUCUUCUUCAGAAUACCUGGAAAUACAUGAGAGAAUACACUCAGGGGAGACGCCUUACCACUGCUCUCAGUGUGAAAAGAGUUUUACCAGAUUAGGGUCACUGAAACGACAUGAGCGAGCACACACAGGGAAAAAGCCUUUCCACUGCUCCCUGUGUGGAAAGUGUUUUACCAAGUUGGGCAACCUGAAAAAACAUGAGAGGACACACUCAGGAGAAAAGUCUCAUUUUUCCUCAUUGGAUAUUCUGAAAAAACAUAAAAUAAUUAACUCUGAAGUACAACCUUACCCGUGCUCAGACUGUGGGAAGAGAUUUAGCCGCUUAAACCACCUGAGACGGCAUGAGAGAACACACUCAGGAGAGAAGCCCUACCAAUGCUCCCAGUGUGGAAAGAGUUUUACCCAGGCUGCACACCUGAAAUACCAUAAAAGAACACACACAGGAGAAAAACCUUACCGUUGCUCCCAGUGUGGAAAGAAUUUCACCAUGUCAUGUAACCUGAAAAAACAUGAGAGAAUACACUCAGGAGACAAGCCCUAUCAAUGCUCCCAGUGUGGAAAAACGUUUACCCAGCUAGGGGACAUGAAAAAACAUAACAGAAUACACACAGGAGAAAAGCCCUACCACUGCUCCCACUGUGGAAAGAGAUUUACCUCAUCAGGGGACCUGAAAAAGCAUAAGAGGACGCACACAGGAGAAAAACCUUACCAUUGCUCCCAGUGUGGAAAGAGUUUCUCAGAGUCAAGUAACCUGAAACAACAUGAGAGAAUACACUCAGGAGAGAAGCCCUACAACUGUUCCCACUGUGAAAAGAGGUUUACCUCAUCAGGGACACUGAAAUAUCAUGAGCUAAAACACUCUGUAAAGAAGCGUUUCCAGUGUUCUCGUUGUGAAAGGAGUUUUAAAAGUUAGGGAAACUGAAGCAGCAUGAGAAAAUACACAGUAGGGAGAAGCCUUUUGGAACUGCUAACACUGUGGAAUGACAUUUACCUGGUUAAGGCAACUGAAAUGACAUUAAAGAAUCCACACCGGAAAGAAACGUUACCAAUGCUUCCAGUGUGGAAAGAUAUCCAGUUAGGGAACCUGAAAGACCAUGAGGUUAUACAUACAGGGAAGAUGCCUUACCACUGCUCCCAUUGUGGAGAGAGAUAUUUCUUACAACUUACAAUUCAUGAGUUAACGCCUCACUGGUCCUCAACUGGC